ACCUUAAACUGCAUAAAGUUUGACUUGUUUACUCAUUCAUUGGCAAUAAUUUGGUGGUACCAGACAAACAUGUCGUGAAUGAAACAGAGAAAAAAAAAAUGUGGUGUUGGAUACAACAUCUUUGAUUCUCUGAUUCGGUCCUUGAAUCAUAGGUGGCUCUUAGGAAGUUUCUCUUCUAUGGACUCCCUCUUGGUCUCUAACCAUGUUUUGGUCGUAAAAUAGUUUCAACCAUUCUUAGUUUAACACAUUCAAAUCCAAAUUCCGCAGUUGACUUGGCAACAGCUUUAUCCUUUUUGUUCAGAGUUCAGACUCAUUCUAUUUUCCUCUCCAUCUAUAAAAAAUUGCAGAUUCUGAUUUUUCUGCAUCAAGCUUUGCCUUUUUCUCUCUCUUCGUUGCAUAUUCAUUCCUUGAAUUCUCAUCUGGGUUCAUUCCUUUUGCAUGCUUUGAUCCAAUCACUUUUCAAGUUGCGGGUGUGAGGAAAAACUUAAAAAUUUCGUUCCUUUUUGUGUCACGGCCAUGGGUUCUUGUCUGAGUAAAAGAGGGUCAGAGCCAGAAGAACACAUUGGUUACAGAAAUGCUGUUGGGGGAGCCCACAAUCACAAGAGCCAUGAACCCUUUGUCAGCCAAUUUCCUGAGAAACAUGCUCCUCAGGCUGCUUGGAGGGCCACUGUUCCUUCUCCAGGCCCAAAACAUGCUCACAGGGCUGACACAAUCACUGGGAAGCCAUUUGAGGAUGUUAAGCAGCACUAUACUCUUGGGAAAGAAUUGGGGAGAGGCCAAUUUGGGGUGACUUAUCUCUGCACCGAAAAUUCAACUGGUUUGCAAUAUGCCUGCAAGUCCAUCUCAAAGAGGAAGCUUGUGAGAAGAGAUGACAAGGAGGAUAUGAGGAGGGAGAUUCAAAUUAUGCAGCAUUUAAGUGGACAAUCCAACAUUGUGGAGUUCAAAGGUUCUUUUGAGGACAAGAACUCUGUUCAUGUGGUCAUGGAGCUGUGUGCAGGUGGUGAACUUUUUGAUAGGAUCAUUGCGAAGGGGCACUACAGUGAAAGGGCUGCUGCUGCAGUGUGUAGACAGAUUGUUAACGUUGUUAACAUCUGCCAUUUUAUGGGAGUGAUCCAUAGGGAUCUGAAGCCAGAGAAUUUCUUGUUAUCCAGUAAGGAUGAUAAGGGACUUCUCAAGGCCACAGAUUUUGGUUUAUCAGUCUUCAUAGAAGAAGGAAAGGUGUAUCGGGACAUAGUUGGCAGUGCUUACUAUGUUGCUCCAGAAGUUCUUAAUCGUAGCUAUGGGAAGGAAGCAGAUAUAUGGAGUGCAGGAGUAAUGCUGUAUAUCUUACUUAGUGGUGUACCUCCAUUUUGGGCAGAGACGGAAAAGGGAAUAUUUGAUUCCAUAUUGAAGGGUUAUAUUGAUUUUGAAAGCAAUCCAUGGCCAAACAUAUCAAGCAGUGCAAAGGACCUUGUUCGCAAAAUGCUUACAAAGGAUCCAAAGAAACGCAUUACUUCAGCUCAGGUUCUAGAGCAUCCGUGGCUUAGAGAAGGUGGCAAUGCUUCUGACAAGCCAAUAGACAGUGCAGUGCUUUCCAGAAUGAAGCAAUUCAGAGCAAUGAACAAACUAAAAAAACUAGCCCUCAAGGUCAUUGCUGAAAAUCUUUCUGAAGAAGAGAUCCAAGGUCUGAAGGCAAUGUUCACAAAUAUGGACACUGACAAUAGUGGUACAAUCACCUAUGAGGAACUGAGGGCAGGACUGCAAAGACUUGGCUCAAAGCUAACUGAAGCUGAAGUGAGACAACUUAUGGAUGCCGCUGAUGUAGACGGAAAUGGAACAAUUGAUUACAUAGAAUUCAUCACUGCUACAAUGCACAGAUACAGGUUGGAGAGAGAUGAGCAUCUUUAUGGAGCCUUCCAAUAUUUUGAUAAAGACGGGAGCGGGUAUAUCACAAGAGAUGAACUGGAAACAGCCAUGAAGGAGAAUGGUAUGGGAGACGAAGCCACAAUCAGGGAAAUUAUAUCUGAAGUUGACACUGAUAAUGAUGGUAGAAUCAAUUAUGAGGAAUUUUGUACAAUGAUGAGGAGUGGAACCCAAAAGGGAAAGCUAUUCUAAAGGCUUCUAAAAGAUAUCAUAUGUAGACAUGUAAAGUUGAUGGUUUAGAUUUGUGUUGAGCUACAUGGAGACUUGGUUGUCAACUCUUAUUUAUCCUUUUGGUUUCCUUUUGGCUUUGAAGUUUUUGUAUUGAGUUCUCAUGUAAUUUACCAGUGAAGGUAACUUUACAAGUUAGAUUGUGCAGUUUGUUAAAUUGAAAACCCCAUCUGCAAUUUGAGCAAAAUCUGCAAUUUA